UAGAGUAAUGGACCAGUAGGGCUGCAGCUGCAUACCAUAACCCAGCAGUGACAUACCAGUCAGAUUAUGCCACUGGAACCAGAGCGGCACGCGCUCAGCCGCACACUGCUGCAUGUACACAGCCAGCCGCCGUACCUUCCUCCCUGUUCCUGCAUCCCGCCGUGCGCAUUUCACUGAGCAACAUCUCUCUCGCCUUUUUCUCCUUCCUGCUGCGCACUGCUGCUAAUACAGAACCCCCCUUCAGCCAAAAUGACCGAAACGGAAACCAGGAAUCAUCACGCCGACAAGCAACAGAUCAACGGAGGUGCCAUGGCAGACCCGUCGACGGUGGAGGAUGUUUUUGACGACACCUAUAAAGAAAAAGAGGGUCCCAAACCGCCGAGGAUGCUGGUGUGGAGGAAUAUCAUACUGAUGUCCCUCCUACAUUUCGGUGCGCUUUAUGGACUCCUUCUCGUUCCCUCUGCAUCGGUCUCAACUCUUGCAUGGUCUGCAGUGUGCUACCUCAUCAGUGCUCUCGGCGUGACUGCUGGUGCACACAGAUUAUGGAGCCACAGAUCCUACAAGGCCUCCUUUCCUCUGCGAGUCUUCCUCGCUCUCGCCAACUCCAUGGCCUUUCAGAAUGACAUAUAUGAGUGGGCAAGGGACCACCGUGUCCACCACAAGUACUCUGAGACGGAUGCAGACCCCCAUAACGCCACGCGUGGAUUCUUCUUCGCCCACAUCGGCUGGCUGAUGGUUCGCAAACACCCCGAUGUCAUCGAGAAGGGCAAAAAACUGGAGCUCACAGACCUGAAGGCAGAUAAAGUCGUUAUGUUUCAGAGACGGCAUUACAAGCUCUCUGUGGUGAUCCUCUGCUUCCUGGUGCCAAUGUUGGUGCCCUGGUACUUCUGGGGUGAAUCUCUGGCUGUGGGAUACUUCAUCCCCGGACUCCUGAGGUACGCUGUGGUGCUCAACGCCACCUGGCUGGUCAACAGCGCUGCGCACAUAUGGGGCAACAGGCCUUAUGACGUGACCAUUAACCCGAGGGAAAACCCACUGGUUGCUUUUAGUGCCAUCGGGGAAGGCUUCCACAACUACCACCACACAUUCCCCUUCGACUACUCCACAAGUGAGUUUGGCUGCAAGCUCAACCUCACCACUGCCUUUAUAGACCUCAUGUGCUUCUUGGGUUUGGCCCAGGACCCCAAGAGCGUGUCGAAGGAAGUGAUCAUGGCUCGCAUUCAGCGAACGGGUGACAGCAGCCACAAAAGCGGCUGAGUCACACCGGCUACAAACUCUGCAACUGAUACUGACAUGUCGAACCGAGACAGAACAUAGCAACAGGUAUAGCAGCAUUUCAGUGGUGGUGGGAGGGGGCUUGAUUACCAUGCUUCUGAUUAUAAGAUAAACCUCCUCCCCGAGACUAAUAUUGGCUUUAAAGAGUUGUAGAUCUUUUCAUAAAUCGUGUGGGUCUCUUAAGUUUUGAAAUGUUCUCACCAACUAUUAGCCACAGCCAGCGACUUGGCUUCAUGUGCAAGCACAGCUUUUUUCACCAUAAUAUAUAAAACAGGCACAAAGAGAAUGAAGCUAAUUUGGAUUUGAGUCUGUUUUUGCAGCAGAUGGACAACCAGACUUUGUGAGCGGUGUGUAAAAGCAGUAAUUCUAGGAUAAUUUACUGUAUAUCUUAUUUGUUAAUGUGCUAUUUAUUAACAGUCUUUGGCACUUUGAAAGCUUUUUUGAAACCCUUAACAGUGAGGUUUCUCUACAGGCAAUAUCGAGGGCCUUUUUGCUCUAACUUCUGUCAGUACUGCUUUGUCUCUUUCCACAGGGAGUGGAGUUUCAUCUUGAUUAUUGGUUGUCUAGUUUAAGCUAAGGUUUUUUUUUUUUUUGUUUGUUUUUUUUUUUUUGGUAAGAUAGUAAUCUUACUAAACUAUGAGCUGCUGUUGUCAAGGCCAACACCGAGACAGUCAACACUAUUGAACUGUCCCCAUAUUUUCAUACCGAAGUAAUCCUGAGUGAACGCCGAUUAGAUGUGUUAUACUUUGGGAUACUUUAACGCCUACUGUCUCCAACCGUACAAGAGGAGCUCUUAAUGAGGAUUAAGCUUUCUAGUGUAUACCUCUGAUUGAGUAGUGAAGCCGCCUCAGACUUCUUACUCUUAAUCUAAAAAGAGUUAAUUAUUUGCAAUUGUUUUAUAUUUAUUUGAAACACACUCAGAGAUAAGGUCUCCCGCUCCCUCAGAUAAGGCCAAUGAGGCAUGUGUAGGAGGUGCAUUUACCUUUUGUGCUGUGUGAUAUUAUUGAAACGUGUGUCAGGACUCUUGCCCAUAUGCCUUAUGAGGGUUGCACGCAGAAAUGAAAGAUUAAAAGUGCAAGUUAUGGGAAUAAAUUAGGGCUUAAAUUUACUGUCUAAAUGCAGUUGUUUGGUGUCUGUUUUUGAAAAAUCGAAAUUCCUUAUUUAUAAUGAAAAAGAGGGACCAUUCAACAAAUCCCUGGAAAAAUAAUGGGUUACUAUAAUUUAAUUUUUGUGUAACCAAAACACUUUGCUCUAAAACAAGAUCCAAAACUUGUUAUAUCAUUAAUGAUAAUGUUGUAAUAUGUGUCACACUUACUCUUUUACAGAGCAACGAUUUUUUACAGUGUUAACUUCUUGAAGUUUGAAUGCCUUAAAAAAUGGCACAUUUUUUUCAGAGAAUGUUUUUGCCCACUGUAUGUACCGUAAAUAAAACCAGAUUUUCUACUUGUGACAAAAUAUGUUUUGCUGUUUUUGUUGGGUUACUGUAAUACUCCUUAUUCGUAUACUGAAUAAAAAUGUGAUCAUACCAUUUCUGUUACAUUCUUUAUCAGUGGCUUCUGGAUGCUACGACGAUAACAACCACUAAUGGUAAUGAUGAUAAACUAUAAAUACAGUUAGUAUAAUAUAAAGGACAAAAUAAAAGUGUUUUGCAAUGUGUGCCAUAAAG